AUGAGUUUCCGAGAAAAGGUGCGGAGGGUGUUCCGCCGGUCCAGCAGUGGGUCCUCGUCCAAGGGCAAGGGCAAUGGAAUCAAGAUCGAAUACUACAAACGCGGCGAAAUCCCUCGGUCAAAAUUCAAGGGCCCUUUCGACAAGGAACAUCAACGGAAACUUGCAGCAUGGUCGUUUGGGGACGCCCAAGCGGAACGCCCGCGUACUCCCGAUCUCAGCCUCUCCCCCUGUGCGUCCAUACCGGAUUUCAUGAGAGCGCGGUACGAAGAAGACGCCGCCGACGACCUCGCCCCCGAUCAGAUUCGAACAGUACGACCCGAAGUAGAUGUGACAGUUGGUAUGUGGGAUACUUCCUUUCGUCAGCCCUUUUGGAUGUUGUCCAGCCCUGGACCUAUCAUAAAAUAUGCCAUGUGUAACGAUCAGCCAUCUGACCAAUCACCAGAUCCCCCUUCGGUUCACCAUGACGAAUACGCCUGCGGCCGACAAGGAGAGAGCGGCUCAUCAUCAUCCACAGCCGUGGAGCCUGAAAGCUAUAGCGAGUCCCUGAUGACUCUGUUUGCCGACUUCGACCGGGUUGACUCGAUCGCCCAGCUGAAAGAAACGAUCCGCUACACUUCCCCGGCUGUACGAGCGAUUUCGCCGCCCCCCUUGUCGCCCAAGGGGUGUUACAUGCCAUUCUCACCGGAGGAGCUGACACGGGCGUUGAACGCCGUGCAGAUCUGCUCAUAG